CAACAACGACAGCAGCAACAACAAUCGGCUUCCUCAAGACAUUGGAAUCAUCUCAUUACCAUCCACUUUCUUGAAUCGAAGAAUAGUGAAGAGCGAAGGCGAUGGGUUGACUCCCAAUAAGAUGAUUUCUUUUCUUCUUCGGCCAAGUUCCAAUUAAAAAACCACAUACACACACACACACAUACAAUGCCUCCUUCGAGAUGUGAGUUCGAAUUAUUAUGCAUCAUUACUCUUAUACUUAUCUCAUUUAGCUCAAAUGCUGGAUUUGUGGCACGACAGGCCACAGAGCCGCCCAAUGCGCCCAACAACGCCCCGCACAACCCGCCCAAUUCAGUCUGGCUUUGACGGCCUCCGCCCUCUCUUCUGGGGGUGUAGCAUUCAUUGCUACUGAGGGAAACCUCAGUAGUAGUGUUGCUGCCCCUCAGAGGGGGGGUGGGAGAGGGGGGGAGGAAGAGGAGGAGGAAGAGGGAGAGAGGGGAGAGGAGGGAGAGGGGGGGAAGUGGUCAUGGACCACAGUGUUUUGUUUGUGGGGGUCGGGGGCACUAGCCCGAAA